AGCAGUAAUACAAAACAAAAGAAGCCAAUCAUGAGGAAGGGAAUAGGAUACAGCAAAUCAAUAACCGGGGUAAAUUACACAGACUCCCUUGGGUGUUGUAGCUACACAAGUCCAUUGCCCCGAAGUCAACUUACAGCUAAAGACCUAGCUGAUUCCCGUUCAAAUAUCUUACAAUCCCAUUCUUCUUCAACUACUUCUUCCCUCUUCUUCUUCAUCCUCUUCUCUUAAGACUGUGGUCACUUGAUUCAAUCUUCUCAUUCCUCACCAUUCACUCCUCUGAACGAUACCCGUCCCGAUAUAACAUACAUAUUGAAUUUCGUCACCGAUUAUUGGCGUCACCGAUUAUUGGGCUCACAAAGAAAGGAGACACUAACUUUCUACGACUCCGCUUUGCGGUAACACUUUUAACCAAGUACCAAGUUCGCGGCGUAGACCUUCACACUUCAACCUUUACAAUCAAUCAAAUUGCGAUUCAACUACUUCCACGCCAUAGCAAUGUCUGAAGGAAAAGUAAAACCAUCUUCUCCAGUAGUAGCAGAAGCUCAUGAUGUCGACACUUUCCGUAUGUCAAGUUCCAAGAAGAUGUCCGUGCCAAUUAUACAUUUACUGACCCGUCAUGCGCCUAUAGAUCCUCCGCAAAAGAUGUUUGCCAGUAAGCUUUAAAUUCUGAAUCUCACGAGAGGUUGCAUACCAAUUGAUGAGUACAAAAUACUAAUAAUUCUCUACAGAGCAUCCAAGCAAACCUCACAUAAGUGGUACAAUUCCCUUUUUCUCUUCGCGGUAAAUUUGGAAACUAAUAUUAUUAGGACUCGACGAAUACAAGAAACUCUACGAUGAAUCGAUCAAGGAGCCCAACAAGUUUUGGGGAAGAAUGGCCCGUGAGCUUUUAACCUGGCAAAAGGAUUUUGAGACGGUUCACAGUGGGUCGUUCGCAGGCGGCGACAAUGCUUGGUUCUUAGAGGGCCAAUUAAAUGCUUCUUACAAUUGUGUUGAUCGUCAUGCAAUUAAGAAUCCAGACAAACCAGCUAUCAUUUACGAAGCCGACGAGACUACCGAUGGACGUACUCUUACAUAUGCGGAGCUACUUCGAGAAGUCUGUAAAACGGCAUAUGUUCUCAAGCAAAUGGGUGUCAAGAAGGGAGAUACUGUUGCCAUAUACUUGCCCAUGAUUCCAGAAGCUGUUAUUGCAUUCUUGGCUUGUUCGCGUAUUGGUGCAGUUCACUCUGUUGUCUUUGCUGGGUUCUCCUCCGACUCCCUCAGAGACAGAGUUAUUGAUGCUCAAUCGAAAGUUGUCAUUACCUCGGAUGAGGGUAAGCGUGGUGGAAAAUUGAUCGGCACAAAGAAAAUUGUGGAUGAUGCGCUGAAACAAUGUCCUGAUGUCACGCACUGCUUGGUUUACAGACGUACCGGUGCGGAUGUUCCAAUGACCAAGGGUCGUGAUUGGUGGUGGCAUGAGGAGGUUGAGAAAUGGCCAUCUUAUAUUGCUCCAGAGCCAAUGAAUUCGGAGGAUCCAUUAUUCUUACUCUAUACCUCUGGAUCAACCGGCAAACCAAAGGGUGUUAUGCACUCAACCGCCGGUUAUCUUCUAGGUGCCGCAGCUACCGGAAAGUAUGUAUUCGAUAUUCAUGACUCGGAUAAAUUUUUCUGUGGUGGUGAUGUCGGAUGGAUUACUGGUCACACCUAUGUUGUUUACGCUCCUCUUCUUUUGGGUGUUGCAACUGUAGUAUUCGAAGGAACUCCAGCAUACCCAAAUUUCUCCAGAUAUUGGGAUGUCAUUGAGAAGCACGAGGUUACACAAUUCUAUGUUGCGCCUACUGCACUUAGAUUGUUGAAGCGUGCCGGUGAUGAACAUGUAAAAGCACCAAUGAAGCAUUUGAGAGUAUUGGGCUCAGUUGGUGAGCCAAUUGCUGCCGAGGUUUGGAAGUGGUAUUUUGAGACUGUUGGAAAGGAGGAAGCUCAUGUUAUUGAUGUAAGUGCAUUUUGAUCUGACUAUCAAAAUUAAUACUGACUUAAGUGUAGACUUACUGGCAAACCGAGACCGGUUCCCAUGUCAUUGCUCCUCUUGCAGGUGUUACCCCUACAAAGCCCGGUAGCGCAUCUCUUCCAUUUUUUGGUAUUGAGCCAGCGAUUAUCGAUCCUGUCUCCGGAGAAGAAAUUCACGGAAAUGAUGUAGAGGGUGUAUUAGCAUUCAAACAACCAUGGCCUAGUAUGGCUCGUACCGUGUGGGGUGCACACAAGAGAUAUAUGGACACAUAUUUGAAUGUCUACAAAGGAUACUACGUAAGAUUUAUUACCUACUUCUAAUUGCGGAUUACUAACAUGAUAUAGUUCACUGGUGACGGAGCUGGACGUGAUCACGAAGGUUACUACUGGAUCCGAGGCCGUGUUGAUGAUGUAGUCAAUGUCAGCGGUCAUCGUCUCUCUACUGCUGAAAUUGAAGCCGCUUUGAUUGAGCACCAUGCUGUUGCCGAAGCCGCGGUUGUUGGUAUUAACGAUGAGCUCACCGGACAAGCAGUCAAUGCUUUCGUUGCCCUCAAGGAUGGUAACGAGAUCAGCGAUGCAUUGAAGAAGGAUCUUAUCUUACAAGUCCGAAAGAGUAUUGGUCCCUUUGCUGCACCAAAAGCAAUAUUCGUUGUUCCAGAUUUGCCAAAGACUAGAAGUGGUAAGAUUAUGCGUAGAAUUUUGAGAAAGAUUCUGGCAGGUGAAGAGGAUCAAUUGGGUGAUAUUUCUACGGUACGUGUUAAGCACCAUCAUUCCUCAAAUAUUUGGUUACUAACAUCCAUACUAGCUCUCUGAUCCAAGUGUAGUAGAGAAGAUCAUUAAUACAGUCCACAACGCAAGAAAGAACUAAACAAUGAGAGAGUGAUGAAAGGGAUAUUUAAAGGGUGAAGGGAGGAGUUUUAUAUGGUUUAUGGUUUAUGAUACAUGGCAUGCUAGUUUCUAUUUCUUUGUAGUCACUGGAAACAACUUGAAGGAUUGGUUGGAAGUUUAUUAGCGAUGCUGGGAUGAAAUUUGGUUUGGGUUGGUCUCGUGGGAUAUCAGGGGUUAGCGGAAUUCACUUUUGAUGGCUUGUUAUAUUUAAGUAUGAUGAAUUUAAGAUAUUAUAUCUUUAUUAUUAUCAAACCCGAUUCGGCUUUUAAAGAUCU